AUGGCCGUCGGCGGAGCGCCAGACCCUCUUGUGGUGCGCAUGGUGCAUGGGGAGCCUUACAAACUCCCGCACUUCUGGAUGCUGAGGCAAGCCAGGAGAUUCUGGAAGGCAUCAACAGAUGAUGGCAUCGUGUGGAGGCAACACCAUAGUUUAGCCAGCCACUGCCCGUCAGAGUUUGCCCCCCAUCCUGGGUAUAAAUGGCUGGCGGCUGCCCCUACUCUAAACUUGGGAAUUGGCUCAGGCGGUCCUGGUGGUGGCGGCACAGGGGGGUCCUCCUCUGGCGGAGGCCACGGGGAUGGGUCAUGGUCUCCACAGGAUCCACAGCCACAGUAUCUGCUCGCUGAGGCAGGUGACGAUGACAAGCAAUCCUCGCGAAAGCCUGGUCCGCCGAUCGUGCUGACCCUCUGCUCUUUUGCUGUUACACGAAUGGCAUACAGUCAGAUCACACGCAAGUUCCGCCAGUACUACAAGGAGAAGACUGGCAGGGAAGUGCGUUUUCGGCUGAGUUUUGCAGGCAGCGGAGUUCAGGCACGUGCCGUGAUCGAUGGCCUUCCAGCAGACAUUGUGGCGCUGGCGUUGCCACUGGACGUCCUGAAGAUAGUCGAGGCAGGGCUGAUCCACAAAGACUGGAGGAACCGGGCACCAAAUGGAGCAACUGCCUGUGAGUCUGUGGUGGCCAUCGUGACAAGGAGAGGAAACCCCAAGAACAUUCAUGAUUGGAGCGACCUUGUGCGCAACGAUGUGUCAGUUGUGACGGCUAACCCCAAGACAGCCGGAGUCGCACGGUGGACGUUCUUGGCACUGUGGGGCAACGUCAUGGGCAGAGGUGACAGCAAGGCAAAAGCAUGGCUGACAGACUUCUUUCGCCAUGUCCCUGUCCAGCCACGUGAUGCCAGAGAGGCGUCAGAGGUGUUCUACAAGCAGAAAGUUGGGGAUGCAUUGCUGACUUAUGAGAACGAAGUGUAUAUGACGAACCAGAUGGUUGGCGAGGAAGAUGCCCUGCCAUACAGUGCCCCCACAUACAACAUUCGAAUUGAGGCGCCAGUCGCUAUUGUAGACAGAAAUAUCAACCUGAGGCCACCUGAAGUCCGUGAGGCAGCAGAGGCUUUCGUCAAUUUUUUAUUCACUCCAGAAGCACAGAGAGAAUUUGUGCGCUGUGGUUUUCGAUCCAUCAUACCUUCUGUCGCAGACGAGACACCAGACAGAUACCCCCCGAUCAAGACCAAAUGGACGGUGGACAAGAAGAUCGGCGGAUGGUACCAGGCCCAGAGCAAAUUCUUCAACCCUGGAAAGAUUCUCGAUGAUAUACAGAAGCAGGUUGGUGAAGAGAAGCUCGCAGAGCGGCGAAACAAAGGGAAGAGCUGA